AUGGGCUUUGGCUUGGAGACGCGGGAUGCAGCCGCCACCGCCGCGUACAGGACGACCGUUGAACUUUGGACGCUAUACUCCGUGGGAGUCUGCGUGACAAUCCUGAGGACAUACGCUCGAAUAACAGCCCAUGGCUGGAGGAAACUGCGACUAGAUGAUUAUCUGAUAUGGGUUGCGAUUGUCUUCUAUACCGCGCAGACAGCGCUUGCAUAUAGUGUCGGAAAUGUAGCCGGUGGCCUCGCAAAUAACGGCAUGACACCUGCACAGAGAGCGAGUUUGUCCACCAAUGACCCGGAAUACCAUGCCAGGGUAGUGGGCUCCAAGAUCCAGAUUGCAGGCUGGACGACUUACGUCGCGUUGAUCAAUGCCAUCAAGCUGUCAAUGUUGGCAUUUUAUAUUCGCUUGAUGGAAGGCCUUGGCCGUCGUUAUCAGAUACCAAUUUAUGUCGGGUUUGGUCUCGUGGCCGCGAGUUUCAUCGCUGGGGUUAUCACGAUCUUCACAUCGUGUGUCCCAUUCCACAAGAAUUGGCAGAUCAAUCCCGAUCCUGGCAACCAGUGCCAACCGGCAAUCGCGAAGCCGGUCAUUGGCGUAACCUUUGCCGCCAAUCUUCUCACAGACCCCUAUCUAAUCUUCAUCCCGAUUCCAAUGUUAUGGAAAUCAAGUCUCAGACUGAUUAAAAAGAUUGCAGUGACAUUUGUCCUGAGCGCCGGCAUUUUCGUUCUGGUCUGCGCGACGCUGAAGAGUGUCUUUUUACUAGUGGAACCCAACGAUGGCGCCCAAAUUGCCGACGAAUGGGGCACUCGCGAAACCUUCGUCGCCGUGGUAACAACGAAUCUGCCCAUGAUCUUCCAUCUCUUUCGUGUCUGGCUUGCAAAGGGCUUCGGGAGCAAGUUUGGCUCGUCUCACAAAACGCACUACAAGUAUCCCUCCGGCGCAUUCCAGAGAAUAGGCGCCCGAGGUGAUCCCAUGAGCCCGAAGGGCAGAGUGCAGCAAACUACGAACUCAAUCACGAAUGGAAUGACUUUGACAGAGAGUGAGGAGCGGAUGGUGGAUGGUGAUAUCAAUAUGAAGGAUCUGAGUCCAGUCGCGGCGCCUGGAGCCGAGUGGGAAGCGCCUGAUACAUCUUCGAGUGCUAUUGUGGUGUCUCACCAAAUCGAUAUCACGCAUGAGGCCAUUGGUCGAACGAGGGACCGGGGCAGACGAAUGACCAAGAGAGAUCAAACGCUCGGCCUCCCGCCGAACUCUAGCCCUGUUUGUCAAAUCGGGGCCCGCGUUCUGGAUUAUGUAUCAUCAAUCUCUAUUAUAAUAAAGCAGUCUCUUUAA